UUCCAUAGCUCACCAAGCAGCCCGAUCCACCACUCCACUCCACUCCACUCCUGUGCCUCAGAGUUCAUCAAGUACUCGUCAGGUACCAGGUAAAAUGGAUGCCCAGAACAAGGAGGUCGACGCCCUGGUCCAUAAGAUCACCGGCCUCCACGCCGCCAUCGCCAAGCUGCCGUCCCUCAGCCCAUCCCCCGAUGUCGACGCGCUCUUCACCGACCUGGUCACCGUGUGCGUGCCCCCGAGCCCCGUGGACGUGACCAAGCUCGGCCCGGAGGCGCAGGAGAUGCGGGAGGGCCUCAUCCGCCUCUGCUCCGAGGCCGAGGGGAAGCUGGAGGCGCACUACUCCUACAUGCUCGCCGCCUUCGACAACCCGCUCGACCACCUCGGCAUCUUCCCCUACUACAGCAACUACAUCAACCUCAGCAAGCUCGAGUACGAGCUCCUGGCGCGCUACGUGCCCGGCGGCAUCGCCCCGGCCCGCGUCGCCUUCAUCGGCUCCGGCCCGCUGCCGUUCAGCUCCUACGUCCUCGCCGCCCGCCACCUGCCCGACACCAUGUUCGACAACUACGACCUGUGCGGCGCGGCCAACGACCGCGCGAGCAAGCUGUUCCGCGCCGACAAGGACGUGGGCGCCCGCAUGUCUUUCCACACCGCCGACGUCGCGGACCUCGCUGGCGAGCUCGCCGCGUACGACGUCGUCUUCCUGGCCGCGCUCGUGGGCAUGGCUGCCGAGGACAAGGCCAAGGUGAUCGCGCACCUCGGCGCGCAUAUGGCGGACGGGGCGGCCCUCGUCGUGCGCAGCGCGCACGGCGCGCGUGGGUUCCUGUACCCGAUCGUCGAUCCCCAGGACAUCGGUCGCGGCGGGUUCGAGGUGCUGGCCGUGUGUCACCCCGACGACGACGUGGUGAACUCCGUCAUCAUCGCACAGAAGUCCAAGGACAUGCAUGCCAAUGAACACCGCAACGGGCGUGGUGGACAGUACGCACGGUGUUAGCAAUAAUCUUGCGUCAAGUUAGAAGAUGGCAUGUAGUAGUGAGUUCAUGUACUAGUAUCGUGGCUAAGAAAGGAGAAAAAGAAAUAAAGAGAAAGAGAGGCACGACACGUGUCUUUGGCAAAA